UCCACUACGGAAGCCGAACACGACCAAAAACCAUCACCCGGCUUGAUUGCAAGGCAUGCAAUCUCUGUCACAUACCAGCUAGCACAGCAACCUAACAGAUCCAUUGUGAUCAGAAGUUUGUAAUUAGCAACAAACUGCAAUCAUAUUGUAUUUAAUGUUAGUUGCUAUAGCGUAACUUAACUAUUGUCUAUAGAAAUAUAGAUCUACUACACCGGAGCGACCAGGAUGGAGUGGCAGCCGGAUGAACAGGGUCUGCAGCAAGUGCUUCAGCUGCUCAAAGACUCCCAGUCUCCAGACACAGCGACCCAGAGAGCUGUGCAAGAAAAACUGGAGCAACUUAAUCAGUUCCCAGACUUCAACAACUAUCUCAUCUUUGUCCUCACAAGCCUCAAAUCAGAGGACGAGCCCACUCGCUCUCUCAGCGGUCUCAUUCUGAAGAACAAUGUAAAGGCUCACUACCAGAACUUCCCUACCAACGUGGCUGACUUCAUCAAACGAGAAUGCCUAAACAACAUCGGAGACCCGUCACCACUUAUCCGAGCUACGAUCGGUAUUCUGAUCACGACCAUAGCCUCUAAAGGAGAGCUGCAAACGUGGCCUGAACUGCUGCCUCAGCUCUGCAAUCUGCUCAACUCAGAGGACUACAACACCUGCGAGGGUUCUUUUGGAGCGUUGCAGAAGAUCUGCGAGGACUCGUCUGAGCUGUUGGACAGUGAUGCUCUGAACAGACCUCUCAACAUCAUGAUUCCCAAAUUUCUGCAGUUUUUCAAGCACUGCAGCCCCAAGAUCAGGUCUCAUGCUAUAGCAUGUGUGAACCAGUUCAUCAUUGGUCGAGCUCAGGCUCUAAUGGAUAACAUCGACACAUUCAUUGAGAGUCUGUUUGCUCUGGCUGGUGACGAGGACUGUGAAGUGAGGAAGAAUGUGUGCAGGGCUUUGGUGAUGCUGUUGGAGGUCCGCAUUGACCGCCUCAUCCCCCACAUGCACAGCAUCAUCCAGUACAUGCUGCAGCGUACUCAGGACCCGGAUGAGAACGUGGCUCUGGAGGCCUGUGAGUUCUGGUUGACUCUGGCUGAACAGCCUAUCUGCAAAGAGGCUCUGUCCGGUCACCUGGUCCAGCUGAUUCCUAUCCUGGUGAAUGGGAUGAAAUACUCUGAGAUUGACAUUAUUCUCCUAAAGGGCGACGUUGAAGAGGAUGAGGCAGUCCCAGACAGUGAGCAAGACAUCAAGCCUCGCUUCCACAAGUCCCGCACUGUCACCCUGCAGCAUGAAGGAGGAGAGGGGGAGGAAGGGGAGGACAUAGAUGACGACGAAGAUGAUGACGACGAUACUCUAUCUGACUGGAACCUACGAAAGUGUUCUGCAGCAGCUCUGGAUGUUCUGGCCAAUGUGUUUCGUGAGGAGUUGCUCCCCCAUCUCCUGCCCCUGCUCAAAGGCCUGCUGUUCCACCCUGACUGGGUCAUCAAGGAGUCUGGCAUCCUGGUGCUGGGGGCGAUCGCUGAGGGCUGUAUGCAAGGCAUGGUACCGUACCUGCCUGAGCUCAUCCCUCACCUCAUUCAGUGUUUGUGUGACAAGAAGGCUCUUGUUCGUUCCAUCGCCUGCUGGACACUCAGCCGCUACGCCCACUGGGUGGUCAGCCAGCCUCCUGACGCUCACCUCAAACCCCUCAUGACCGAGCUGCUUAAACGCAUCCUGGAUGGCAAUAAGAGGGUACAGGAAGCCGCGUGCAGUGCGUUUGCCACCCUGGAGGAAGAGGCGUGCACUGAACUGGUGCCUUACCUGAGCUUCAUCCUGGACACGCUGGUUUUUGCUUUCGGAAAGUACCAGCAUAAGAACCUGCUCAUCCUUUACGAUGCAAUAGGAACAUUGGCGGACUCUGUUGGACAUCAUCUCAACCAGCCUGAGUACAUUCAGAAGCUGAUGCCUCCGCUAAUAGCAAAGUGGAAUGAGUUGAAGGACGAAGACAAAGACCUCUUCCCUCUGCUGGAGUGUCUGUCGUCUGUUGCCACGGCACUGCAGAGCGGCUUUCUCCCCUACUGUGAGCCCGUCUACCAGCGCUGUGUCACCCUGGUCCAGAAGACGCUUGCCCAAGCAAUGAUGUACAGUCAGCAGCCAGACCAGUACGAAGCCCCCGACAAAGACUUCAUGAUCGUGGCUUUGGAUCUUCUAAGUGGUUUAGCUGAGGGACUGGGGGGCCACGUUGACACUCUGGUGGCUCGCAGCAACAUCAUGACUCUGCUUUUCCAGUGCAUGCAGGACACGAUGCCUGAAGUCAGACAGAGUUCGUUUGCUUUGCUGGGCGACUUGACCAAGGCCUGCUUCCCUCAUGUCAAACCAUGCAUUUCUGAAUUCAUGCCGAUUCUGGGGACAAACCUGAACCCAGAGUUCAUCUCUGUCUGCAACAAUGCUACAUGGGCUAUAGGAGAGAUCUGCAUGCAGAUGGGAGUGGAGAUGCAGCCAUAUAUAGCAAUGGUUCUGAACCAGCUGGUUGAGAUCAUUAAUCGACCCAAUACCCCCAAGACCCUGCUUGAGAACACCGCAAUCACUAUCGGCCGUCUGGGCUACGUGUGUCCUCAGGAGGUGGCUCCCAUGCUGCCGCAGUUUAUCCGACCUUGGUGCACAUCUCUGAGAAACAUCCGAGACAAUGAGGAGAAAGACUCGGCCUUCCGUGGGAUCUGCAUGAUGAUUGGUGUGAAUCCAGGAGGUGUAGUCCAGGACUUCAUCUUCUUCUGUGAUGCUGUGGCCUCCUGGGUGAAUCCUAAAGAUGAUCUGAGAGACAUGUUUUACAAGAUCCUGCAUGGUUUUAAGGAGCAGGUCGGAGAGGAGAACUGGCAACAGUUCUCGGAGCAGUUCCCCCCGCUGCUAAAGGAGAGACUGUCAGCCUGCUAUGGCGUUUAGAUUCUCUACACCCACCCUAAAGGUGAUCCAGCAGUAGGAGGAGGGUGAAUGGGAAACUCAUCCAUCUGUGUAUUGCACUGCCCAGAUCUGGGGGGAGGGAGAGGGACGCUAUUGGCCGCUCCCCCUGACGGACGGCCCCCACACCCUAUGUGUUUGUCCAUAGAGGGAGGGUGGGCGGGUGGGAGGGAGGGACAGAGGGACACCUCUAGAUUAACUAGGCAGGGACCCGACACAGAAAAAAACUAACAAGUAGGGACAGAGAGAAGGACAUGUAGGAGAGACAGAGGGACGGACGAGUUGAGAGGCAGGGAAAGAGACCAGCACUGAGAAAGUUCAGGGAAAGAGAGGGAGGGAAAUCAGUAAUAGGCAGGGAACAAGAGCUACAGACAGGUCUGUACACUUGAAAGACAGGGACGGUGGAGAUUUUAAUGGGAAUCUUAAUCUUAGGAGUAACUGAUAGCUUGACCGACAGAGACAAACCCACACACAGACUCACACAUACACUUGAACAUGCUGUACAUGCAGUACAUGAAACUGACUGUGGGUGGCACUAUUAUUUAGACUUUUCCAGACCUACUACAUGGAGAUAGGGACAGGCAGGCAAACAGGCAGGCAGACAGGCAGGCAGGUGUCUAAACUCUGUUAAUUUCUGGGUGAUUUCUUCUUUUCUGGGGAAUAGGAUUCAAUCUGAAUUACUUUAUCUGUAGUCGCUGAAUUCCUCUUAACUGUAUGAUAGUCCUGGCUACCCGCAUCUGUUUCCUACCUUCAUUUUUGACCAGAGUGCUGCUUCACAGAGCUUUUCAUCUACCAGACAUAUUCUUGUAACAUUUUCUAAAACGAUCAUCAGAGAGAGAGAGAAAAAAAAAAUAGAUAAGAGCAAGUGUCUUUCCUCGUGGCUUCACAGAAACCAUUCCUGUAGGAAGAGAGGAUUAGGGCUAACACAUUUGUUUUCUCAGCAGAGAAGAACAUGUAGAGAGAUAAUCACAUCUUCAGUUGUGUCUUUGAAGUUACAUGUGUGUGUCUGAGUGUGUGUUUGUGUGUGUGUGCUUGCGUGCAUGUGCAGUUUGUGAAUCCUUAUUUCGGCAUUCUGUGUUAAAAGUGUGUGAAAUAUGUAUUUUUUCAGAUAUGGUACCAAGUUAAGACUUGACUCCCACCGCAAUUUCCUUGGCACCUGUUAGCUGUGACCAAGUGUUUGUAAUUAUGUUUGUAUGUGAUUGUGUGUGUGUGUGUGUGUGUGUGUGUGUGCGCAAGAGUGUUUGUCUGCAUUCGUACUGAUAUCCAUUCGAUGCCAUAUUGAUAUCUUAAGUAAAACAGUGAUUGGCAACGUCAUUGUGAUCUUUAUAAUGUUUUAAAAAUGGUCCAUAUUCUUUUUUUUGCUGCUACUGAUAAUUUCUGUUUCUAUAGUGGACUUAAAUUCGCACAAUUAACGCAAAAAACCAUUUGAAUUAAUGCUAUUUUCAGUGACUGUUGAGUUAUUUUUGCACUUUUUAUUUUAUUUUACCUUUUCCUUUUUGUAUGGACUUUUUUUUAACCUCACCCAUAUGAUAUGUCUUGACCCUGAUGUCAGUGUUUGUCAUACUGUGUUGCACUGUGAAAUUAAGUGUCUUUGACUGGCAAAAAUAUCCCAAUACUAAAUGGCAAAUAAAAACAACUUUGUGGAACUGGGACUAAUCCGCACUUUUA